AGCAGACCGAGUCGCUCUUCUUGAUAGAACACUGAACGCCUGAACGAAGUUUUCUUUCAGUACAAAAAUAGCCACCGUUCAACAAUUAUUUCUUUCGGACAGUUGCGUUGUUAAUUAUUAUAUAUUCAAUUAUAUAUAAGUAUAUAUUAUUGGUACGUUAUAGUUAUAGGUAUUAUAUUUUUUAAUACGCUGAAAUCGUAAUUUUCUCCGAAAAACAGACGUUAUAAUGAGCGACCGUAGCAGAUUCGCGUUCGGCAGCCAGACCCAAGCGCCCCAGUACCAGAACCGAUGCGCUCUGUGCUUGACCACGGACGAUGGGAACGCGGCGGGUGUCUGUCAGCACACCGCCAGCGUCGAGUCGGCACUGCACUAUCUGCGGAAUUACGGGGCCCCGACGAGUCCGCCGUACGGCCCGUCGACGUACCACGGCCAGGACGCAGGCCAGGCGCCGUCUGCACACCCGUCGUUCGGCGGCUGCUCUCCGCCCGUCUCGCCCAACUACUACACGCUGGCCGAGUUCCUGUUGCGCAUGAACCGCAUGCAACAGGAGAACAACGGUGGCUACCAUCACUUGCGCCAGCCUCCGAUUUCGUCCAGACCGCCCAAGCCCAAGUCCGAGAUGGGAUGCCUGCGCGAGUGCGCGUUCUGCAAGAGCAACGGCGAGACGGCCGAGUUCUACAAGUCGCACUUCCUCAAGGACCCCGUCGGCCGAGUCAGAUGCCCGAUACUGCAACGGUAUCAAUGCCCGUUUUGUUAUGCAACUGGAGAGAACGCCCACACAAGGCGUUACUGUCCAAAAAAUCCAAACAAAAUGUGUUUUAUCAAAGGAGAUCAACUUGUUAAGCAAAAUUUGCAGUGAAAAAUAAAUAUUAUUGUUUGUAUGUUUAGUUAAUAUAUUUUAAAAUAAUUGUUUUGGAUUUAAUAAUUAUAGUAAUU